AUGGGCAUUUUGGUUGUUCUCUUAGUAGCCACAACAGCAACUGCAACAAGGGAAGUUAUUAAGAAUUUCGGCAAUAUCAAAGUCUCAGUUGAUCAAGUUUGUUCAAGGACAAGAAACCCUGGUUUCUGCAUGGGUGUAUUACCUCCUGGGGUAGCGAACCAUAACCUUGAAACCGUAUCAAGAGCUGUUAUUAAUCAGGCAAUGGUUGAAGCCAUCGAAAUAUAUAGCCAGAUAAAAGAUUGGAUUCCGCAAGCUGCUGGUGGUCAACAGGGUCACCUUAAUUAUUGUCUCAGGCUUUAUGGUUCCGCUAUUAACAGUGUUAAAGCAGCUAGAGAUCUACUUGGAUCAAAGCAAUAUCUUGGACUCAACAGAAAAACUGUUGAAAUUGCAAAUUAUGCAAACGGUUGCGAAAGUUCGUUUAGUUCUUCACCCAGGGCUGUAUCUCCAUUAACGCAGCUGAAUAGCGAUUUCUCUAAUUUGGUGGAUGUGCUAUCAGCCAUUUCUUACCUUCUUAGUCACUAA